UAUUCGCGAAACAGUGAUCAAUAUGUUAGUCGUUGAUCAGAGUUGACAGUCGGACCGAGUGCAGCCUAGGCUAUUCUUUUUGUGAUGCCCCUAAGCGAAUGAGAUCAUAAACAAUAAGUUACCGCGCACUGAGCAGUAAAGAUGAAUGCCCUUGUCGCACUCUGCCAUUUCUGUGAACUCCAUGGCCCUCGGACCCUGUUCUGUACUGAGGCCUUGCACCCUCCGUCCCCCUCUCCCCCGCAGCCUGGACAGUCUAUUUCAGGAGAGAGGGAAAGGGAUGUAGAUAGAGAAGGAGAAGGACUCACCAUGAGAGCCCACAGCUCCGCCACUCAGAGGGCUGACAUGUGUGAGGGCUGUAGGUCUCUGCCUGCCUCUCACCCUGGCUUUGUGAGUGUGGACAAUGAGACUGGCAUCCGCUUCCUGAGUCACCAGCACCCUAGGCAACCACAGCUCUUCAGUGUAGUCCGACAAGCCUGUGUGCGGAGUCUCAGCUGUGAGGUCUGCCCUGGAAGGGAGGGGCCAAUCUUCUUCGGUGACGAGCAGCACGGCUUUGUGUUCUCCCACACUUUCUUCAUCAAGGACAGCUUGGCAAGGGGAUUCCAGCGAUGGUACAGCAUUGUUAUGGUUGCCAUGGAUCGUAUCUACCUCAUCAACUCGUGGCCCUUCCUUCUACGUCACCUCCGACUCACCAUACAGAGCCUACAGAGCACAGCACUCAAGGUGUUUGACAGCGAGCAGUGUGUGUGCCCUCAGAGGGCCGUGCGGAUGAACAGCGCCUUUUCUCCGGCGGUCUUCCCCCACCAGAGGAGUGGGAACGCCGCCCGAUCCCUGUCCUCCCUCACACAGCACCCCAACUUGUGGGAGAGCCUCCACUCCUCAUUCAGCUGGUUGCUGAAGGCUUGUGGCAGUCGUCUUACAGAGAAGCUCUUAGAAGGGGCCCCUACAGAAGACACGCUGGUACUCAUUGAAAGACAGACAGAGCAAGAGGAGGAGAGGAGUGUGUGGGAAGGAGCUGAAGGAGGAGGCUCCACUCCUACGCAGUUUGACGACUCCAGGGGGGAAGAUCUACCUGGGCCGAAGUUCAAAUCCCUUAGACAUUUAAGACAGGUCCUUGGAGGUGCAGAGUUCCGUCAACUGGCCUGGCAUGUGCUUAUGGGAAAUCAGGUGAUAUGGAGGGGAGGCAAUCCAGUCCUCAUCCAUUCAGCUUUCAGCGUACUCAAGCAGGCAUUGCUCCCUGUGGGCUGUGUGCGCUCUGUACCCUACAGCUCCAAAUAUGAGGAAGCAUAUCGAUGUAAUUUCCUGGGCCUUAGCCCAGAUGUCCCCAUCCCUGCCCACGUCAGCUCAUCAGAGUUUUGUGUGCUGGUGGAUGUGGCGAAUGCCGACAGAGGGUCCCUAUAUCCGGUGGUGUGUGAUGAUGACAUCCUCUCGCUGUACCAGUUCAAUAUCAGCAGUGCCAACAUGCAGCCUACUGACAGAGGGCCUGCCCUGUUGAAUAAGAUUGAAGCAGCUCUGUCCAACGAAAACCUCUCUGUAGACGUUGUGUCCCACUGCUUGCUGUGUCUGAAGGAGGAAUGGAUGAACAAAGUGAAAGUGCUGUUCAAGUUCUCCAAGGUGGACGGUCGAGGCCGUGAGGAUACUCAGAAAGUGCUGGCCCUGUUGGGAGCCACGGGUCCUGGAGAAGAGGACAAUGUGCGUUUACUUAAGUUCUGGAUGACCGGACUAAGCAAAACUUACAAGAGCCAUCUGAUGACUGCUGUCAGAGGAGGGGAGAGGACUCCUAGUCAGUAGAGAGAGAGACAGAGAGAGAGAGAAUGAGAAAGAGAGAGAGAGAGACACUCAAAUCUAACAAUUGAUCACAGUUGGGGGUGCUGUGGUGCCAAUUAGCAAAGCUGAACAAUUUGUUUUGUUCAGAGUUUGUUUGAGAAAGACGUAGAGGACAACAGUUAAGAACAACAGAAAAUGCGGAAAGGGGAGACAACAAAACUGAGUGGAUAAACUGUUUUUAUAUGUUUAAUGAGAGUUUAACAAAAAUCUACAUGUUUUCUGUUUCGUUGUGUAUUGUAAGUUUUUGUCUGAAUAACAUUGUUGAUUACUACUGAAAGGGAAUGCUAACUAAAACAGCUAUUUUAUUCACAUGUUUAUUACUAAAUUAUUUUACUCCCGUGAGAGUGAAUAAGAGUAAAACUGUAGAGACUGUGCCUAUACAAUUAAAUGGCAAAAAUGAUGCCCCUUUGUACUAGCUGUUAUUACAUGCCCUUUUUGUUCUUCUGCUGUGUCAGCAACACUGUCUUACAGGGGGUAAUUCUGAUCGGUGGAAAUGGAGAGUUUUAUGUUCUUUUUUAGGCGGCUCUAUACGUCUGUUACAAUGUCUGGCAGUAAGCCAAACAUGGAGCGUAAUCCAGCAAUAGUGAAAUGUCUUGCGUAAGGUGACUGUUCUUAACUGCUAUUUAUAAUAAAAAGAUCAACUCUGAAAA